AUGGAAAAGCAUCAGGUGAGACUCCUAACGCUAAAUGCCUGGGGUCUCAAAUACAUCUCAAAGCAUAGAAAGGCCAGGCUUCGGUGGAUAGCAAACCAAUUGGCCGUUACGGAUUACGAUAUAGUGGCUCUUCAGGAGGUCUGGGUUGAGGAAGACUGGCUUUACAUCGAUGAAAAGUGUCGGGCCCAGUAUCCAUACCGUCGUUUAUUUCGUUCCGGUAUAAUUGCGGGCCCUGGUUUGGCCAUUCUCCUGAAGAUCCCUAUCAACAACUCGUUUCUUUACAGGUUCCCUAUUAAUGGAAGACCUAGUGCAUUUUUUAGAGGUGACUGGCUCGUGGGAAAAUCCAUAGCCGUCACAAUUUUAGAGCCAAUCACUCCACAAACACCCCCCAUCGCUCUUCUUAAUUCACACAUGCAUGCUCCGUACGCUUCUCUGGGUGAUGCAGCUUACUCCACCCACAGAGCUUGCCAGGCGUGGGAUAUGGCCAAAUUAGUAAAAACUUUAAAGAAGGCAAAUUAUGCUGUCAUUCAGGUUGGUGACCUUAAUUCGAAGCCAAACCUGUUGCCUUACAAGCUAUUCACUAUGGAAGGUGGGUUAGCAGACUCGUGGGAGAUUCUUCAAGGCGAAAAUAAUCCCCUGCCACAGGAAAUCGCUUGUAUGUCGCCACAGGAUCAAAUCCUCAAGGCCGGCGUGACUUGCAACUCCGUCUUCAACACGUGGCACCCUAAUCGCCAACCUCAUGAGGCAUGCCGUUUGGACUACGUCCUCAUCGAUUCUCAAACUCUCACCCCAGUGCUGGCUGCAGUAAGAUUUACGGAGUUGCUCCCCCCUCCAAUUUCAUGCUCGGCCUCUGACCAUUUUGCUUUUGAGGUGAACCUUGUGGUAAGCCAGAGGGAUAGAACGAUCCACCACGAUGAUCAUGGAAGUGCAGAAUUACGCAAGUUGUACGAGGACGCACACGAUGAAAUCACUGAAUAUCUUUCCAAAACCAUCCCUUUUCAGGCUACAUGGCGUAAGUAUCACUUUUUAACCUCCAUCCUUCUUGUUAUCGCCAUUCAUAUUGGCAUGACUUUUGCUGCCCAAAAACAAGCCUGGUCUUCCAUCCUUCUUUCGCUUACAAGCACUCUAAUUGCAGUUACUGGCGUGUUGAAUGGUUUAAUUUGGGGCUUUGGUGUACGUUCAGAGCUGCGUGCCCUUCAAGAGGUUCGUAUGGAGGUGGAGGAUGCAAUGAGAGGCAUCGAAAGGUUACAGGCAAGCAAAGAGUGA